UUGUUUCUUCGUAUACGUCGAACAAAUUAGUAUCUGUCAAUCAACUCUGACGGAUACGGGAAAUUUUUUAUGUAACUUUUAUAUGGCAUAGAGGGAAGCCGAUGGACUGGAGAAAUGACGAGUCCGACCAUUCAAGUGUGGAAAAUUUUACAUGGGACGAGAAAAACCUCUUGACGAAGACCAAAAGCGAUGUAAGUGUAACUGGUGCGGUUGGAUGUAACGUCUGUUGUCAAGGAGUACAGGCGAACUUCGGUAUUUGUAAAGAAUCAAGAAGCUUUACGUCGGCCUUCGAACGCUUGGAACUGGAGGCGGAAAUUGAAUGUAGAAACGAGACGAUACCGCUUCGACGAACGAGCGACGCUCAGACUGAACCACUUGAUGAUAUCAAACAAGAAUUAUAUGAUUUUGAUGCUAGAGAUAUUUUACCUUGUCGACAAGCUCUUCAACAUUCGGAUAUUUUGAAUUUCCAAGGCGUUAGAUACCCGUCCGAAGAUAUAGCUCGUUACUGGAAGAAAGACUCGCGAAUGUGGCUUUGGAAAUCUGUUAGACUGAUGCGCAGACAAAACGAAUGUAAAUCUUCGAGUAACGCGUGCGCGACAGAUAAUGAAAAUGAAGAAAAAGAUUAAUCUGAAUGUCAACAAAAAUUUCGGGCGUAAAUUUUUUUUAACGUUUAGAUUGUUGUAUUUAUUGUUCAUAGCGCUACUUUAAAUAGAUU